CGCUGAAAAUAUGGAAAGUAAAGAAUCACAGCAGCAACCACGACUUCGUCAUCAUCAAUCAGUGGACUGUGACAUACUUUUAAAUACAUUUCAAAUAAAAAAGAAACGAUACAAAGUACUGCUCAACUAUGAUCACAUUGUGUGGGAGCGUUCCGAUGCCAAACACUGCCAAACCCUAAAGAGUCCGGGAGGGAUCAAUGAGAAGAGUUCAACGCCAACAGUAGCAUCACCAGACGUCAAUGUAGCUGCAGCACAAAAAGAAGCUGAAUAUGAACGAGAACAACUGUCUCAAAAGGCUAGUUAUGGCCAUUGCAGUAAUGUGGUACACUUACACGAAGUGAUACGUGUCUCCAAAGGUAACAGCAAAUCGGCCACAGUUCGCAAUGCUCACAACCCACUUACUGUCAGUGGCGGUGAUUCAUCACAACCACCACAAAUUGUAACCACUCCAACGGAUACAUUUUUAUCGAUCUACUAUGCCGAACGUAUUGUUGCCUCACCAACUGACUGCAAUCGUUGGCACAUUCGACGUCUGACACUGCACAACAAAGAUCCGUAUAUUGUUGCAAAAUGGUAUGACAAUUUGCAGAAUCUAUUACAGAAUCUGAGGCAAAAGCGUGCGAAGCGUUUGCUGGUAUUUAUCAAUCCAUAUGGUGGUCGUAAAAUGGGACUCCAAAUCUACGAACGUUCCUGUAAAUCUACAUUCCAAUUGGCCGGUAUCGAUGCCUCCUGCAUUAUAACCCAGAGAGCCAAUCAAAUACGCGAUAUUCUUAUGUCCCAUGAUUUGACACCAUUUGAUGCAGUUUGUUGUGUUGGCGGUGAUGGAACGGUGGCUGAAAUGAUCAAUGGUCUCAUAAUGAGAUCGAUGCAAGAUGCCGGGGUAUGCUUACGGCGACCAGAAAACAUUCCUAAACCCAGUUUGCCGGUGGGUAUUAUUCCGGCUGGCAGCACAGAUACUGUAGCGUAUAGUUUACAUGGCACUUCUGACCCCCAGACAGCAGCUAUUCAUUUAGUUUUGGGUCGCAAGCGUGGUCUAGACGUGUGCAGUAUCCGAAAUACCGAUGGCAUCAUUCGCUUUUUCGCCAGUACCAUGGGCUAUGGUUAUUUGGGUGAUGUUGCCGCCAAAAGUGAAAAGUACCGUUGGAUGGGCACCAAACGUUACGAAUACACUGGAGUUAAAUCCUUCCUACUGAAUCGAGGCUAUGAAGCAGAAGUGAAAAUUCUGCUCAGUGAAGAUGAUGUAGAUAGUGGUGAAGGCGAAGGUGUCACACCACAGAUUAUUUGCAAUGUGAAUUGUGAAACAUGCAAAUUGGAUACAUCCGAUGACUUAGAUAUGGAUCGGCCAUCAUCCUCCAAGACAUCAUUACAUUCGGACCUUAAGAAACAUUCCCAACAUUUCGAUGGUAAUAACUACUGUGAUACCCAGGAUUCCAACAACACCAAUCAAAAGAACACCAUUGUCAAUAGUAGCGAUGUCACUCUUGCCUUAGAGGAAAGAGCAAAUUCACCCAGCAGCUCAUCACUGUCGAAUAGCGACAACAUGCAACAAUAUGAAUUCCCAUCAAACGAAGCGCAAACUCGUGUUAGAGCGCCAAAAUGGCGUAUUAUACGUGGGGAAUUUUUUAUGGUCACUACAACGAAUAUUACAUGUGCCUGUAGUCGUAGUCCCAAUGGCAUGUCAAAAUACUGUCACUUGGGCGAUGGACAUCUGGAUGUUAUUCUGGUGCGCAAAUCAAAUAUGUUUAAUAAUUUACGAUUUGCCAUCAAUACAAUGGCUCGAAAUGGUGAUAUUCGCAAUUUGCCCUUCGUUGAGAUCUAUCGCACAAAACAAUUCAUCUUUAAUGCCAAACCAAAUAUGUCGCCUCAGGACUAUAAUAGUAUUCGAGGUUCUUGCCAACCUAUUGCCGAUUCGUAUGCCGAAGCUGAAACAAAUUUUCCAAAUAAAAUUUUUUCAUCGUGGAAUUGUGAUGGUGAAGUAAUUACCGAUUUGGAAAUAACACUGACUUCACACAGGCAAUUGAUUGAUGUCUUCAUGCGGGGACCCUAUAUUUACACUAAACCAUCGAAACAUCCGGAAAACAAUUCGAUUUUCUGUUGCUGUCACUCGGAGUCUUAA